AUGGGGUGGGGCGCUCCGGCCGCAGGAACGCCGACCCACCGGCUCCUGCGCUUGUUGGGCUUUAUCUUGGCCUUUGCGCUUGGCACAGAAGGCACGGAUUGUUAUCGCCAGGUGCAAGGUACAUGCACGGUGACUUGCGGUGAGGACGUGGUCGGCUUGCGGGAUGUUACCUACGAGUACACCAACACGUCAGAAGCUUGUUUGGCUGUGCAAAUGCCCGAACCCACCAUCACCUCCUGCCUAGCCGUCUCGGCUUGCAAUUAUUGCCAGGACAUCAACAUGACCUUUGCUCGCCCCUUGGGCAAGCGCACGGGUACCAUCAGCACUGUUCUCCUUACCUACAGCUCCACACGAACAUGGCGCAGUGCCAACGGCAUUCAACUUGCUUACUCUAGCAAUCUCGGUGGUUGGGUGCUUACUGAUGGCACUUACGCGGUCGCGGGCAUCGGAUCCUCGCCCUCUCUCUUGCCCUUUUUCACCGUGUCCCAAACUACAUGGACGGCCGGUGACAGGUCGGGCAGUGUCAGCAUUACCAGCUUUUGUAGCAGUUGUGGGUCCAAUCAUUACCUGCUACCGGACGGCCUGUCCUGCAACAGAUACCGUGAACCCUGCAUGGAUGGCGAGAGUCUUCUGGCAGCCGGCACGCCUACCAGUGAUCGCGUUUGCGAGACACUGGUUCAGGAAAAUUGCUCACGGCCCUUGCUCUCGGACAGCAGCUACUGCAUUCAGUGUCCCCCCGGUCUUCUCCUUGUCGAUGGCGUGUGCAGCAACACUUGCCCAGAUGAGCUACCCAUUCUAGAUACUUACACUCAGACCUGCCGACUUUGUCGGGCAGGCCAUUUCGGGGCAAGCUGUGUGGCCUGCAGUAACGAUGACUGCCUUUAUUGUGACCCCUCCAACUCUACCAUCUGCACACAGUGCUACUACGACGAUGCACUGUCCAAUGGCCAAUGCGAACUGAAUGCCAAUACUUAUAAUGCUCCAUUUUAUGGCUCGGAUGUCAAUGGUCCUCUCAUUAUGGCAGCCAUUGUCGAGGCUCUGUCCUCGUCCAGCAAUCUGGCGAUUCGUGCUCGUAGCUACACGGACAUCACAGACGGUGUAGUAGCCGAGCUUACCAUGUGUGAUCGCACCACCUUUAAGUGCUAUUCAGACGCCGAGGUUGAGGCCGUUUUGACAAGUGAUAAUGUCACUGCCGUCUUGGAUGCUCUCAACGUAACCAUGGUUCAACCCACCACAACAACGGCCGCUCCCAACUCAUCGGAUCUGGCUUCGUGGUUGCGUCGAAAUCGCACCAUCAUCAUCAUCGUUUGCAUCGUUCUCUUUAUCAUCAUCCUUGCCAUUGUUCUUUACCUCAUCUGCCGGAAUCAAGGGAAUGGUCCGAAGGAAACCAAACUCAACUUUGACCUCCGCCGCAAAAAGUCAAGCAAUAGCUUGGAGAUUGUUCGCACGGGUGGCUACAGCGAUGAUUUCCUGGAGCGCAACUAUGCUGCUUUGGCCUGGUACCAGCAGAAUGAAUUUUUCCGUGCUUCCGGCGUUGACAUGGAUGGUAACGCUCAGCCUUGGAUGAUGGGUAUCGUGUCGGCUCGACGCGUCGAGUUUCUUCUUGGCAAUCAAACAGACGGUGCUUUCUGCGUUCGUGUUAGCGCCCACAACCUCUGCUUGGUGCUCAAUGUGUCCUGGAACGGGAGCGUCUGGCACUUCCCCAUUGAGAUGGACGACGAACUGGACGAGAUGGAGCAUGGCUAUCGCAUCUACGAAGUGGGCACCGACUUUUUCUUCCCCACUCUUGAGAGCAUGAUUGAUUAUCACAUGCAAGAGCCACUUCUGAACAACGUGCUACUGACGUAUGCCGUGUGUGACGGUGGUAUGUCGUUUUGGAAGCUGAUCGACUACGUGCGUGAGCUUGAUGCCUCUGACACAGAAUCACAGGGGCCAUACUACCCAGAUGGCCGAACGCGGCGAUCAACGGUCUUCUCCAUUGGCCGCUCGUCCGUUGGCUCUUUUGUCAUGCACAACUCGGACGGCGCACCCACCACGGUGCAUGCCCGGGGUUCAGCAACGUACCAUCGACCAGACUAUCCUUCCCCGCGGCGGUCCUCCGCCAUGCAAGGCUUCCGGCAGGACUCUCAGGGGUCCUUUGGGCGACGUCAUACCAACGCUUCAAUCCGUUCACUGACUCAUACCAUCUACGAGUCGGCGGAGGAGAAUGGGGCCAGCCCAUCGUCGACGGGCACAUCCGUGGUUCUUAUUCCAGAGAGUCGACUGGUGGAGCAGGACUCCACGGGCUCCCAUGCCUCAUCAGCUUAUUCCGAGGCCAUGGAUAUGGAGCCCCAUGAGGGAACAGCACGUUCAGCCAUGCCACAGGAUCCUAAUUCCCUGACACUGAUUGCGCGCACUUCACCCCGUGGGGCGGACGCCGCAGCGCACGAGGAGGCAGAGAGUGAUCUCGGGGCCGAGCCUGAAACUGAGGGAGAGGGGUGCAAACCGCGCAAAACACCUUCUUCUAGUUCGCGGCCACGGGCGACGCGACGUCUUUCCAUUGGCCAGCGCACGACCGCUCGCAGCUCGAAGUCCAACAGCUUGCACUCUCCAAGCGAAUCGCUGACCUCGCUUGACAUGACGGAUGACCAUGCCAUGCCCACACGCCCGGGGCGCGUCAAAUCACAGUCGUCAAGCCAGAAGGUCACUCCCCCGUCGCGGAGCAGCGUCCACCAUCGGGCUGCAGCAGAAACCACACCCCUGCAGGUGCCCUUUGCCAUGACACCGAAUUCUACUCCGACCCAGCCAGAGCCGGUCCAGCCCGAGGCUCAGCAACAGUCUCAGCUGAUGCCACCCAUGACGGAGCUGGGCAUGGAAUCAGACAACGUGUACACCCCUGAGCCGCACUGGGAGUCUGUGGGUGGUGGUGUUGAUGCACAGGGGGCAGAUGAAGACUUCACGUGGGAUACCAUGUUGGGAACGGAGGAGAACCGAGCGUACAACCAGCCACGUUCGAUCCACGGGCCAAGCAACCAGUCCAACUCGUGGCAUGCAACACCCAGUGGCUCAACGCAACAGCUCAAUCUGCCGGCCGCCAAUGCGGACGGCCCCAUGAUUUUGAGCUUUGGUGGAGGCGGUGACGACUCAGAUGCGUCAACCCAAAGUGAUGCCACGUUGCACAACUUUCAGACCGCUCGCGGCCACACACCAAGCUUGAGGGAUGCACCAGCCACAGAAUCGGAGUCGGACACGAGUUCAGAGGCCCAUGACGGCGAUGGGGCUAUUCGCGUGGUGGAUGAUCGACACGUGCGGGUUCCACAUGUCUCCAACAGCGAAAUCUAGCGCGUCGAACGUUGCGUCAUGCCAGUGGACGCCCGUCCGUGGGCGGCGUGUGGAUGUGGCUGUCCUUAUCAUUUAAUGGUUGUUUCUUUUUAUUCUACAUUGCUCUUGUGUGGUGUUGUGAGUCUGCUGCCAUUGCUAUGAAUUGAGAGCAGAUGAUGCUG